GUGCAUGUGUAGUUACGUUGCAACCGUUGAGCAGCGUCUGAGUGGCAAAGCAAAGCAGACUCUGCUCAGCACUUAAGUAUUUCACCUUGAGAUAAAGGCAUUAACACAAAAGGGUAUAUAUACUACUUUCCAUAACGUUAGUCUACUAUGAAGCCAUCUCCCGAUUCAGACGAAGAUGAGGAGUUGGGAGCGUAUCAGAGGAAACUGCGAGAAAAAGCUAACCGCAGCAUCCAGCAACUCAGCACUGUAUUGGACCGAAGUUCCGAGUCGGAGGAAGUGGUGGUAGUGGACAGACAGGCAAACUCAGAUGCAGACCACAGUGUUGACGAUUCAUCGCAUCAACAACUCCAGGAGAGCGAAGCAGUAUCUCAGUUGCGGUCACUUCUGCAAAAACAGCCAAGAGAAGCAGUCAAUAUCACGCCAUCGAAAAGAAAAUCAACGCCCAAGCAGAAGUCUCCUGAGGAGUUGAAAGGCAGCUUGCCUGCCAUGCAGGAUCUAGUGCCCAUCAUUCACAAGCAGUCUGAUUACAUUCGGCAGCUGGAGGCUGAGGUCAACUUCUGUAAGGAGGAGCUUGUGGGCAUGAAACAGAGGGUGCGGGUGGUGAUUGUUGAGAAUGAGAGGCUACACGAGGAACUCAAAUGCAAAGUAGUUGAAGAGACGCUGAUGGACCACAGCACAAUGAAUCCUGUGGCCCAGUUGAGUAGUCCAGAACGGGCCAUGAAGCCCAAACCCACCCCCAGAACCCCCCACCCCGCAGAGGACAACAAGUGGAGGAGAGAGCUGGACCAGCUUAAGACUCUCUAUCAGGCUCAGUUGCAGACCCUGGAGGCACAGGUGAUGGCUCUGAAGAAGGACUUGGCGACAGCCCAGAGGGAGAGUGAGGAGGUCAAAGGUCGCCUGCGCCACCGCGAGGCCAUGAUGGCGGCGUCGGCAGGUCAGCCCCAGGUGGGGGGGCUGUGUUUGCGUUGUGUCCAACAUGAGGCGGUUCUGGCAGAGACACACACCAACGUACACACGCAUGCCAUUGAGAGGAUCACCAAAGAGCGUGAUGAGCUGAUGACAGUGCUGUGUACACUUCGGGCCAGUCAGGCCGAGGCUCAGCAGAGAGAGUGGAGCUCCUACCAGCAGGUGAAGCAGGCUGUGGAGAUGGCAGAGGAGGCCAAACUGGAGAAGACUCGGGCGGAGGUGCAGUGUGAGCAGUUGCGUAGUGAGCUGUCUCGUCAGCGGGAACGUCUGGAGCAGGAGCUGCAGGCCCAGCAGCACAGGAUCUCCCAGGCCAGAGACGCCGCACGCCAGCAGGCCAGCCAAGACAAGGACCAGCUCGCCCAGACGGUGGGCAGUCUGUCUCAGAGGGUGGCUGAGCUGGAGGGGCUAACGGAACGUGCGGACCGAGAGAAGACCUCUCUGACUGGACAGCUGGAGGAGGCCUACCACAAACUGACCAAUCAGGAGGCAGACAACAGCAAGGUGUGUGUGGAGCUCCGGUACCUGCUGAGCCAGGCCCAGCUGAAGAGAGAGGAGGCUGAGAGAGAGCUGAGGGACUCCAGCACCAAACACACCCGCCAGCUCCAGCUCUGUCAACAGGAAGUGGAGCGUCUGGGCGUGGAGCUGGGCGGUUGCCGGCGGCGACUGGAGGAGGCCCAGAGGGCGGGUAGCCGAGCGCAGGAGGAGUCCGUGGGUCUGGAGGAGCGGCUGGGCCGCGCUGAGCACCAACUGCACCUCACCAGCUGCAGGCCUACGUUUCGCCACUGGACUGUCCAGGAGCAACGUACGGGAACAUCAUGCAAGCGACUUUUUAAUCACCAUGCCGGAGAGAAGAGAGAGCCGCCCACCGCCACCUCCACCGCCCCCUCAUCUGCUGGCUGAUCUGCUCAGCGGGGCCGAAAGGGGACCUGUGGACUAAACUGCUGGCGAAGCACUACACCUGCCUGUGGACUUAUUGAGUGUUUUUUGUUUGUCUUUAUCUUUGUCUGCAUGAGCGCUGAGUCUGUUUGUUUUAUGUCUGGUCUUGUUCUGUAAGUCUACUGUAUUUGUGAAGACAGACUUGCUUUACUGUCUAUUUGUCUGUCUGUUUAUUUGUGUAUGUCUUGGUGUGAUGUCACAGGGACGCUGGCGAUUACACCGCUCUGUCUUACACCUGUUUUGUGUCUUGUUAUUUUGUAAAUUGUUUGUUUAUGUCUUGAUGUCACGGGUACGCUGGCGACUACGCCGCUCCGUCCAGCAUCGUUUGUCUUUAUGUGUCAAUGUCUUGUGUGUGGAGCGCUUUGGAUUGUACUAUGUACGUAGUUAAAUGCGAAAAGCAACCUCAUUGUCUUCA